AAACAACCAAAACACAACGAUGAUUGGAUAAAGGUUGCUGAUAUGGAGGUUUGUGCGCUUCUCUGCUGCGAGAUUGAGCAAUGUGACACUGCGUGGGUGGAUAACAACGUCUGCUACUCAGUCUCUUGUAAAAACCACGCUUGUGAAACGGAAAAGGCCACAGGGAAACAUGCAAAUUCAGCUGUUGUGCAGUUCAAAAGGAAGUACCAGAAUUCAACGCCAAACAAAGAGACAGCAAAGGUGGCAGUAACUGGUGUAAAAUACGAUGAAAAUAAAUCAACAAUUGUAACUAAACAAGCAGUAACAAGCAUAAACGGAAAACCGGAAAAAAGCAGUUCGGCAGUUGGGGCGACAGAUAUGGAACAGGCAGAAAAAAAACAAGAGGCACUCGUGACCAUUAGCAGCCAAAGUCCCAUGGAACAACUUCUUCAAAGUGAAGCGAGCAUUAUUCAUAACAAAGCAACUGUGGAGGAGACGGCCUCGAAGAAAACCACCCAGGAAGAGGCCACAAAAAAGAAAAGUGAUGUAGACAUCAGUACCAACAUCCAGUCAUUGAGUGAACAUCUGAAGAAAGCAGACGAAAAGGCAGACAUAACUGCAGCACUGGAAGAAAACGACAAACGAACAAUACAUCCAAAGCUUCGGUAUCACAAACAUCACGACCUACGUCACAACCUCAUAUCCCCAAUUAUCAUUGGAGCCUUCACGUGCAUGGCUGUAAUAGCACUAAGUGGAUUCGCAAUGGCGAUAAUAAAGUACCAGAAAGAAAGAAAAGAGAAACACAGUUCACAGAGCACGCAAACAUUUGACUCAAGUUAGGGAUGCAAAAUGGCUUAACUAGGAACUAGUAAUAACAUUUAGAGCAUUGCGUUUUGACGGCUGAAACGCUUAAAACCAGGCAAAGAAGCAGAGAAAACAAAAAGAAUGGUAUAGCAAGGGUAACAGUACGGUAGAGGGGUGUAGUAAAAGGGGGUUCCAAUAGCAACGAUGACCAACAAUGAUUCUGUAACAAAAAUAAUCUAAUCCUUGCAUUUACAAUAAUAUGCAAAAGCUUUUUAGAAAAGUCUUGCAUUGAAGCUUUAUGCCAAGAUGCUUUAAGCCUUGAGUAAACUCGACCAAACAGUUUCCUAUUCAUGACGUCAACUUUUUAUUUGUUCUUCAGAAAGGUACCACUCAUCAACUCUUAAUCUUACAUGAAAAGCACAUUUCUGAAUGAGAAAACUUUUCAGAAUUUAAGAAUUAGGAAUGCUCAUUUUGUUAGAAUUAGGAAGCCAACUUAAAUAACAGCAGAACCUGUGAAGCAGGUACAAUAAUAGGAUAAUAAAAACUAAUAUAGUAUAGAUAUUAUUAUGUAAAUACAAUUACUUGAUAAUAACCAAUUUACAGUGUCUGAUAAUUGACAAGCUCUUUUGUAACACAAAACGUUUUAAUCCAAUGCUAAUUUGCACGAAAUCCUGGAUAAAUGAUGUCGCAUGUAGAAAUGUGAAGAUUUCUUCACUUAAAAAACAUUUAUAUCUAGGAAUUGCAAUCUAC